AUGCCUAUCAGAAGAAAAUACAGGAGAUACUCCAAACAGAAGAUGACAUACCUGGCUCUGAUCGCCCAUGUCAUUCAGAGCGCACCUGGCAAAAGAUUAACGUUUUGUGAGUUAAUGAACGCGAUGGCGACAUUUGUGGACGGGGACAGAAAAGGCCUGGAGAAUAAUAUCCGGGUUUGUUUAUCGUCAAACGAUUGUUUCGUAAAGGUGCCAAGAAAUCCCGAGUGCCCAAAUGCAAAGCGUAAUUUUUGGAAACUGGAUGACCGUAAAAUCACUCCAAAGAUGCAGCGACGACACUUCAGCGGUAUGCGUGAUGCAUUCCCUGACUUGAAUGAAAACCUGGGAAUUCUCUCCUUGAAUACUGCUACAGCACCGACUCCCACAUGCAACAGCACUGAGUCGGUCAAGUUCACCAGCCCGUUUUCCAUUGAAUCACUUCUGCAGCGGGAGAGCAGCACCCCCUCGAGCCCGAGACCUGUCCAUGUUCCACACUUUACAGAUGUGUGUCCAGGCAUAGCAAGUGAAGACCAAGAUUUAUCAUACAAGCCAUUGUACUACCCCAGUGAAAUUGAUUGUGCCAAUUUCAGCAGAUCGUAUUUGCACUUUUAUGCCCCAUACAGUUCUGUGUAUUUCCAUGGACGACCCUCCGAGAGUAUAUGCUCUGUUUCUGAACUGUCAUAUCAUGCAUCACCUGAAAGCAACAAUUCACUUCAAAUUCUGUGA